ACACACAACUGUUGGUAAGAACUUAUCACAUUUCGGUCAUACUUUUUAUAGCCCCUGCUUUUUAGCAAGGUCAGCAGUCUGAGUGCCCCCUUUAUAAACCCGCCCGGAAGGCUAGUUUGCUCUUUGCAAUAUUCGACUCCCCAGUGAAAAUGAGUACAGACGGUGCUGGUCAACCGAUCUUCGCCCAGGGCGAGAACUGCAAGCACGGUUGGAAAGUCGCUGAAGCCGGCUACAAUGAAACAGACACGCACCUGGAGAUACUCGGAAAGCCGGUAAUGGAACGGUGGGAGACACCGUAUAUGCACUCGUUAGCCACGGUCGCAGCAUCCAAAGGAGGUCGUGUCCUGGAAAUCGGGUUUGGUAUGGCAAUUGCUGCUACAAAGGUGGAAGAAUUCAACAUUGAGGAGCACUGGAUCAUUGAAUGCAAUGAUGGUGUGUUUAACAGGCUGCAGGAAUGGGCCAAAAAACAGCCACACAAGAUUGUACCACUGAAAGGACUCUGGGAAGAUGUAGUUUCCACCUUACCAGAUGGCCAUUUUGAUGGCAUUCUGUAUGAUACGUACCCACUUUCUGAGGAGACUUGGCACACUCAUCAGUUCAACUUUAUUAAGGGUCAUGCUUAUCGUCUGCUUAAGUCAGGUGGAGUCCUCACAUACUGCAAUCUGACAUCAUGGGGGGAAAUGCUGAAGACAAAGUACAAUGACAUUCAACAGAUGUUUAUGGAGACCCAACUGCCUCAUUUGGUGGAGGCUGGAUUCAAAAAGGAAAACAUUAGUACGACAGUACUGGAUCUCAUUCCACCUGAAGACUGCAGAUACUACUCAUUCCACAAAAUGAUAACACCAACCAUUGUCAAGCAGUGAUCAUCUGAUUACACUGGGCUGACGAAGGACAUCACUGUGAAUUUUUUAAUGUCAGAAAUAGACUACAAUUUAGUGGUAGCUAAGCUAUAUUUCUCAAUAAGUUAUUUUUUUGUUAAAAACCACAUCAGGUUGCAUAUCUACACAACUGCAUAAAGCACAUAUUGUGCCCUUUUCACUUCAACUUGUGGUACUUGAUGUACUGUGACAGAUUCCCUUUUAUGCUGCUCAUUCCAGAUUCCCUUUUAUGCUGCUCUUUCCAUUUUAUCAAACCUGGACAGCAUUGCAGUUUGGUACAAAACAAACACGUUUCCAUUACUCUUUCAUGGCUCUUUAUAUACAAGUCAAAGGUCAUCUAAGUUUAUUACCUUUUACUUUAGCCCAGUAAACAAAUGUUAAUAAAACAAUCCCCCUGGCUACAUAAGUGACCCCUUUUGAGCAAAAACCAAGGG